UUUCCCCCCACAGUUGCCUUCCCUUCACGGAGGUGAAGCGCAAUGCCGGAGUGAUGUAGAGGAGAGAUGACAUGGUGUCCGUCCUUGCGCGAGCUCCGACUUCCACUCUUUGCGCUCAUCCAUCCAUCGCUCUCCUCCUUCUCGUUCUCCUUCUCCACGACUUGUUCUGCCGCCCAAGCCGCGAUCAGGACCUCCUUCAUGCCUGAACGAGGACGUCACCAUCCACAAAGAGUUGCUUUGCAAACGGACAUCUCGUUUUUUUUUUUUCAUCCCGUCGCCUCUGUGCAUCCGCGCUUUACUUUACAUGAUGGUUGAUUUUGGGGAAGCUUGGAUUUGAAGCACACUGUAUUGGAGUCACUAUGGCAACGGGAGUAGCGGCAUGGCUCCCUUUUGCCCGGGCAGCCGCCAUUGGCUGGAUGCCGGUGGCCAAUUGCCCCAUGCCCGCCGCACCCAGGGAACAUACUAAAAAACAGGACGAGUUGAUCAUCUUGAAUGUCAGUGGACGCCGCUUCCAGACCUGGAGGACCACGCUGGACCGUUACCCUGACACCCUGCUCGGCAGCACCGAGAAAGAAUUCUUCUAUAAUGAGGAAACCAAGGAGUAUUUCUUCGACCGUGAUCCGGAUGCCUUCCGCAGUGUGCUUAACUUUUAUCGUACAGGUAAGCUCCACUACCCUCGACACGAGUGCAUCUCGGCCUACGACGAGGAGCUCGCCUUCUUCGGGAUCAUCCCAGAGAUUAUCGGCGACUGUUGUUACGAAGAGUACAAGGACCGCAAACGGGAGAAUGCAGAGCGCCUCAUGGACGACCAGGAGGAGAACAAAGAAGGCAAGCUGCCUAAUAUGAGCUUUCGUGAAACUAUGUGGAGAGCCUUCGAGAACCCGCAUACCAGCACCAUGGCCCUGGUGUUCUACUACGUCACCGGCUUCUUCAUCGCUGUUUCUGUUAUCACCAAUGUAGUAGAAACUGUCCCUUGUGUUUCAACGCCGAGCCAGAAGGAUGUACCGUGUGGUGAGCGCUACAGCGUGGCCUUCUUCUGCAUGGACACGGCAUGCGUGAUGAUCUUCACAGUGGAGUACCUGCUACGCCUUUUUGCUGCACCUAGCCGCUACCGCUUCAUGCGCUCGGUCAUGAGUAUCAUCGAUGUAGUGGCCAUCUUACCCUACUACAUCGGCUUGGUCAUGACUGACAACGAGGACGUGAGCGGCGCCUUUGUCACGUUGCGUGUCUUCCGCGUUUUCCGCAUCUUCAAGUUCUCGCGCCAUUCCCAAGGCCUUCGCAUCCUGGGAUACACGCUUAAGAGCUGUGCCUCUGAGCUCGGCUUCCUCCUCUUCUCCCUCACCAUGGCCAUCAUCAUCUUUGCCACGGUUAUGUUCUACGCUGAAAAGGGAUCAAGCUCGAGCAAGUUCACUAGCAUUCCUGCGUCUUUCUGGUACACCAUCGUCACAAUGACCACUCUCGGCUACGGAGACAUGGUGCCUAAGACGAUCGCCGGGAAGAUUUUCGGCUCCAUCUGCUCCCUGAGCGGGGUUCUGGUAAUAGCCUUGCCUGUGCCUGUCAUCGUGUCCAACUUUAGCCGAAUCUAUCACCAGAACCAGAGAGCAGACAAGCGGCGUGCUCAGAAGGUACAGAAAACCCGUCUGGCCCGGAUAAGAAUAGCCAAGAAGGGCAGCUCCAACGCUUACUUGCAGAGCAAACGCAACGGCCGUCUCAAUGAACUGCUGGAUCUCACCGGUUCAGAAGAAGAGGAGCAGCACAUGAAUAAGAUCCCAUCGUUAUUGGAGAGUCAACACCACCACCUACUGCACUGCCUGGAGAAAACCACUGCUCAUGAGUUUGUGGAUGAGCAGUUGUAUGAGCAGAACUGUAUUGAAGGAGCACCACCUCUGCAGAACUUUCCUUCUCGCAGCCCCUCCAUCUCGAGCACCGAGGGCUUCACAGGAACCUGCUGCACUCGCCGCUCACGCAAGAGACUCGCGCUGCCCAACGCCAGUCUGUCCACCACACACACACACACACACACACAGGACCUGCAAGAGCUCAGUGCCAUACACAUCCAGUGUGGAGAUCAGCUGAGCCUCGGGCCGAGCUGUCGCUCCAGUCUCAACCUAAAGCCCAACGAGCGAGCGCAGAUAAACUGCAGGGGGCAGCAGAUCACCACCGCCAUCAUCAGCCUGCCGUUGCCGAGCUCUUUCAGCCCAGACUCCAUCACCACCUCCUCCAUCGCCCCCACCAUCAACACCACCUCCAGCUCCAGCUCCAGCAUCGUGAAGGUCUCGGCCUUGUGAACGAACAGGAGGAACUGCAGGAGAGCAGAGCAGAGCAGAGCAGAGCAGAUCAGAGCCGUGAGCCUCGAGCUGAACACGUCUAGUGGGAUUCAUUUGAUUUAAAAAAAGAAACCGUAAAGGAUGUGACGUAAAGAUCGAGGACCGUAGUUAGAAGACACUGUCGGAAGAUUGACGUCCAAUCCUGAACAUUUCCGGAUUGGUUUUUCCCAGAUUUUGGUUCUUCUAAGCUGCUAGAGUGACGGAGGUGUUCAAGAAGGAAGUCGGUUCGAAGAUACGGAGCGUAAAACAGUCUUUGAUCGUCGGUUCGAUUGUGCGUCAUCCACCACGCUAGGAGCAAAGAAAUCAAACUGGUUUCCAUAUCGUGUGCUAUUCACAGGUUCCAGAGGAAUCUGUUUAGUCAGACCAUACGGUUGUGUAAAAUGGGCAAGAUCACACUGUAUUCCUUAGUUUGUUUUUCCCCACGCAGCCAAAACAACAUUCUCAUCUAUUUUAGUAAAAAAUUUCUAGAAGUACGGUUUAGAUUUUUUUGCCGGUCUGUCUUCGCCUCUUUCCUUCGUUAUAUUUUCUUCUCACUAAAGCUUAAAGCGCUCUCUACUUCCCUUUUCUUUCCCUCUCUCUCUGGCUUUUAUCUCUUUAUUCUUUUCAUAAAUCCUGUUCAUGAGUAAGUCAUCACUCAAUAGACUUUGCUCUACAGUAAGUCGAUCAGUGGUCACAAAUCUUACAUCUUGCUGUAACUCCAUCUUCGUGGCAGUAAUAAAGUAAAGUUAAAGUCAAUGGCCCGUUAGAAGCUCAGAGAUCGCUGUUGCCCUGUCUAAUGUGAACGUCUUUGUCUGUGCAUCGUGACUGUUUAGAUGAGUAGUGAUCUGACCGCUUAAGACUAUGGGAGAACCUGAAAGGCUUCGAUUCUUAAUCUGACAUUUUACCCGAAGGCCACUUGAGCCCUUAAAUAGGCACAAAAAAAAAACAUUUCACCUUAUCCCUCUGUCAUAAGACUGACAUAAUCCUGCCAUAAACAUAUCAUAGAUAUAACAGUUUUUGAAAUAACCAAACAGUUCCUAUUGUCUGUUUAUUUUGAUUGAUCUCUAGUUAAAAUGGCUUCAUCUGAACCAUGUGUCAUAAGACUGACAUAAUCCUGCCAUAAACAUAUCAUAGAUAUAACAGUUUCUUUUUUAUUUUAUAACAACACAUUACAGCUCAUGUUGUCUGUUCAUUUUGAUUGAUCUCUAGUUAAAAUGGCUUUACCUGAAUCAUGUGUCAUAACACUGACAUAAUCCUGCUAUAAACAUAUCAUAGAUAUAACAGUUUCUUUUUAAUUUAAUAACAAAACAUUACAGCUUUCAUUUUGAUUGGUCUCUAGUUAAAAUGGCUUCAUAUGAACCAUGUGUCAUAAGACUGACAUAAUCCUGCCAUAAGCAUAUCAUAGAUAUAACAGUUUCUUUUUAAUUUAAUAACAAAACAUUACAGCUCAUGUUGUCUGUUUAUUUUGAUUGAUCUCUAGCAAUGACAGAACAUUACAGAUUUAGAGCAUUACAGUGUUUUGAUUGGUCUCGAGUUAAAAUUCCUAAGACUGACAUAAACCUGUCAUAAAAACAUCAUGGAGGUUAAUAUCUGUCACAGCUGUUUAUUUUCGAUGAUAUCACAAUAAAUGACAGCUAAUGUUAUACAUUAAUGUUAGCGACUUUCUGGUUGAAAUUGCUUUACUUAAGCCAUGUAUCAUAAGAUUGACAUAAUCAUGUCAUAAACAUGUCAUAAGUGAUAAUAACUGUCAUAACAGUUUGUUUCCACUGAUUUAACAAGACAUGGCAUCCAAACUCACACUUUAAUUUUAGUUCAUCUAUGCUUACCACAUACCAUAAGACUGACAUAAUCAUGUCAUAAACAUACUAUAAGACAUAAUGUCAUAAUGGCUUAUUUUCGGUGAUCUAACACAAUAUCAGUCUAUGGUACACAUCCAUUUUGCUUUAUCUCUAGUUCAAAUUUCUUUUCCUGAACCACAUAUCAUAAGAUUGACAUAAUCAUGCUAUUACAUUUAAUAAGUGAUAAGAACUGUAAUAACAUAAACUGUCAUAACAGUUUAUUCCCAGCGAUAAAGCAAUGCAUGACCAUCUUCAACAUUAGUUCUUGCUCCUCUAUUAAAGCUGCUUUGCACGAUGUAAAGCUUUACAGUGAUCACAUGACUGACUUAAUCUUUUCAUAAACAUAAAAAAUAACUGUUAUAACAGUUCGUUUUAAGUGACAGAAAAUAACAGUGCAUGCUACGCAUUAAAUUUUAAAAAUCAUUAUGACACAGGACACAGACCACGUUACAUUUUAAUUCUGGUUAUUUCCAGCAUUAUUUAGAUAAAAACGUGACAUUGGAAAAAGUGUUAUAACCAUUUAUAACCAUGAUAUUACACUUUAUUAUAUUCCAUAAUGUGGAGUUAUGUAACAAAAUCAGUACACAGAAAAAAAACACUACAUAUCGUGUUUAUUUUGCACUUGCUUUGACAACACCCUGUGUCAUAAGAUUGACAUAAUCCUGUCAUAAUCCAUAUUCAUAUCAGUUUAUGACAGUUAAUUGCACUGGAGUAAGCUCUGGUUUUGUGACAGCUUGCUUAGAACAACUUUAAGGGGGGAAAAAAGUGUUAUAAUCAUGUUAUGACAUUUGUCAUCAUUUUUCUUUAACAUCACAAGACUGACGUAAUCCUGUCUUAAACAUUUCAUAUCAGCUUUUGUAUAUUGCCACAAGUUGCUCUGACAGGAUGAUAUAAAAACACCUGACAUGUCCGUAUAUAGGCAGACGGUAUGUACAGUAUUUGAAGGGUGCCUUCAUAACACAUUCAUUGACAAUGUAUAAAUCAUUUAUUAAGCAGUGCUAAUCACAGCAUUAAAUAGUACUUGCUAACAAGUCCCAGGAUCCCAGAACAGCAUGGACCACAUUAACACAUUUCUGUAUUUUGUGUUUAUGAAGGGGUGUAAUGCUAGUGUAAUGUAGCAUUUAUGAACACUAAUAUUAAGUAACGUAUCAUACCAAAUUGACAAAAUCAGAGUUUAUAAAGGGUUUAUGCUGAUGUUAUGUAGCUUUAUGAACACCAAUAUUAAGUAAAGUAUCAUACCAAAUUGACAAAUGCAGAGUUUACAACAGCUGACAUUGGUUGAAAUAAGGCUUUAUAAAUGAUUAUAAGGUUUACAUCAGGAGUCAUGAAGGGUUUAUGCUGGUGUUGUGUAGCAUUUAUAAACACUAAUAUUAUGUAAAGUAUUAUCGAAAAUUGACAAAAGCAGAGUUUAUGAAAAGUUUAUGCUGGUGUUAUGUAGCCUUUAUGAACACUAAUAUUAUGUAAAGUAUCCUGCUAAAUUGACAAAUCAGAGAUUAUAACAGCUGCCACUGGUUGAAAUGAGGCUUACUAAAUUGAUAAAAAGCUUUUUUUUGAUAAAAAGAGUUUUUCCCCCAAAAGCAGAGUUUAUAACAGCUGACAUCUGCUGAAAUGAGGCUUCAUAAAUGAUCGUGAGGUUUACAGCAGGAGUCAUGAAGGGUUUAUGCUGGUCUUAUGUAGCCUUUAUAAACACUAAUAUUAAGUAAAGUAUUAAAGCAAAUUGACAAAAGCAGAGUUUAUGAAGGGUUUAUGCUGGUCUUAUGUAGCCUCUAUAAACACUAAUUUUAAGUAAAGUAUCCUUCUAAAUUGACAUUAAAUCUGAGAUUAUAACAGCUGACACUGGUUGAAAUGAGGCUUUAUAAAUGAGCAUGAGGUCAUGAAUAUAUGGCAAGAGUCAUGAAGGGUUUAUGUUGGUGUUAUGUAGCAUUUAUAAACACUAAUAUUAAAUAAAUUAUUAUAGCAAAUUGACAAAAGCAGAGUUUAUAACAGCUGACACUGGUUGAAAUAAGGCUUUAUAAAUGAUUAUAAGGUUUACAGCAGGAGUCAUGAAGGGUUUGUCCUGGUGUUAUGUAGCGUUUAUAAACACUAAUAUUAAAUAAAGUAUUGUAGCAAAUUGACAAAAGCAGAGUUUAUGAACUGGUGUUAUGUAGCCUUUAUGAACACUAAUAUUAAAUAAAGUAUUAUAGUAAAUUGGCAAAAGCAGAGUUUAUGAAAGGUUUCUGCUGGUUUUAUGUAGCCUUUAUGAACACUAAUAUUAUGUAUCCUACCAAAUUGAGAAAAGCAGAGUUUUUUUCCCCGUUAAAAGCAGAGUUCAUAACAGCUGACAUCUGUCAGCUUUAUAAAUGAUCAUGAGGUUUAUGGCAGGAGUCAUGAAGGGUCUUACGUAGCCUUUAUAAACCCAAAUAUUAAGUAAAGUAUUAUAGCAAAUUGACAAAAGCAGAGUUUAUGAAGGGGUAACUGGUGUUAUGUAGCCUUUAUGAACACUAAUAUAAAGUAAAUCAUCACACCGAAUUGACUUGAUUUUGAUUUUUUCCUUCUUUCUGGAGGUUAUUUAAAAGAUUAAAAAGUUAUAUAAAAGACAUUCUUAUGAUAAAAGCAGAAUUAUUUAUCACACACUCAUUGCUCCUGCUCCAUGCCACUAUCUGGCCAGGCUGAUUAAACCGAUCAGAGACGCAGGUCAUGUGACCCACCUGUUCACACUGUAAUAAGUGAGUAAGUCUCAGCUUUGUGGUGCAUGAGGCCUGUUUAAGGGCUAGACGUUGCCUUCACCCUGAUAAAUGAACAUUUUAAAAAGUAACAUAAAAACAUAAAAAUAACACGACCACGCAUUCCAUGUAUUCAGUUAGUGACCUGAUAUUGUUUAAUGUUCAGUGUGGAUAUUUUGUUGCAUGCUCUGACAGCAUGCUUCGGUGUCACUGCCAGUUUCCUUCUUUUGUGUGAGACUGGCAUACCUUUUGUUUUUUUUUUUUUUUGUUUUUCUGGUAAUUUUAAGAUUAAGUGCUAUUUUUAAAAUGAAAUUCUGCUCUGUUUUUCCCAAAUGAUUAAGGUACAGGCACAACAGAAACACCAACUUCACUCAAAACCUGUGUAUUUUGUGGAAACGUUCUCCCAUUAGAGCCACUCUCUUGUUUUUUUUUUGUUUUGUUUUUGUUUUUAUUUUUAUUUUUAUUUUUAUUUAUUUUUUUGGAGCCUGAUUUGUAAUGUCUAUUGUGC